AUGAAACUGCUCAUCUGCUCCUCCGGCCGCAAGCCCCGACCCCCGCACUACGCCGACCUAUCUCGCGGCCAAGCAGCUCGUGCGUACAUCCUGCUGGCGGUGUACGAGGUCGGGCGAGCGAUUUAUCCAGCGGCGCAUCUGUCCAUCGGUGCAUGUGUCAAUUACGCCACGGCGUUGGGGCUUGGAUGGGGGCGCGCCGGCGCCGGCGGCGUAACCAGUGCCCACCCCGAGGAUUCUCCGUGGUUUGGGUCAGGAGUAGCCAGGCUAAGCGCGUGGGCGAGAGAGAUUUACCAGGAAAAAUCAGGCCGAGCACCAUGUAUCGACUCGGCACAGGCCCGCGUCCCAGGACUGGAUUCGCAACAUGACCACGGUAUACGAAGCUCGUCGUUGGUAUGCCAGAGUGGAUUGAUUGAUCUGAACUAA